AUGUCCAGCAUCAUUCCCACAUCGGUUCUUGACAAUGACAACCUUCUGGUAGAAAUCCUUACUAGGCUAUCAUGCACUCGUUCACUUAUUCGCAGCUCAGCUGUUAAUCCCCAAUGGAUGUCUGUAUCUAGAUCUCAGUCUUUCCUUCAGGCGUAUUCUCGUCGCAAUCGCCCGGCAGUGCUCGGAUUCUUGGCAGAGUUCGAGCGUGGUUACAGUCUCCAUUUUCGUGUUGUGGAUGCAUUAGCUUUUCAAGGUGAGUCGACUAGAGCUCUGCUUCGUUCCCGUAUAGAUGAUUAUUCCCUAUCACAGAAACGCAUACUAGCAUCUGAAUCUGGUGAGCUGCUAGUAAGUAUUAUCAACCCUCCCUUCGUUUCCUCUGAAACGGGCGAGACUGUCGUCGAUGGCUACUACACCUUGUUCCCUAGCUCGUUUCCACCAGUAUACUACUUUGUUGCGUCUCGUAUCCCUCGAGUCCCUCGCAUGCAUGGCCAGCACAACCCAAACUUUUACGGCCAAUUUGGCAUUCUGCCAGCAGCCGGCCAGAUCGGGUUCUCUUUCUUUGUCAAGGACGCAGCCGGCCCUUUUCUGAAAACAUACGAUGGUAUUAAAUUCAGGUCUAAAUCUGAUUUCCACGUAUAUGUAUGUGUUUUCAGAGGUGGUGUUUGGUCAAGAUUUGUGUCGGCUCCUUUUGAAUAUCGUUCUCCUUGCAUCUUUCACUUAGAUCCUUACUCCGUUUUAGCCGGGAGCUCAUUAUACAUGAUGUAUGUCGUGGGCAUGAUCAUCUGUUUCGACAUUCCUAGCUCUACGUUCACUGUUGUCCAUCUACCAAUAUCAGCCAGAUCCUGUUUUGACUACAGUGUUUCCCUAAACGAGUCUGGCAUCUUGUCUCUUGUUAACUGUUCACAUGGCUUGCUCAAUACGUGGCUGCUUCAACUAGUACACGGCCGCUUGCAGUGGAGCUGUUGCUCAAGAUUAGAUUUAGUAAAGGCAUUUUCUAGCAGGGGUGGACCUACCAUAUGGCAGUCUGCAUUUGGCAUGGAGUACGGGGAGGUUGGCCCUGGUGAUUUCUACUCCGUUCAGAUCAGAUCAGCCAGCAAGAACUCAUCAGUUGUUCUGCUAACCUUCGCAUUCGACCAUGGCAUGUUUGUCGUGGACACUGUUAACGACACUGUUAAUGAGGUUCACUGGUUGCCCGAGGAUGGAGACAUGAGGCAAGCAUUCCCCUUGACGGAGCGUUGGCCACCGACUUUCCGUGACUGA